AGGCGCUGCAGCCUGCCCUGGUAACUUCAUUCAUUAAGGAACACGUCAUGUUCUGAGCUCUCAGUCUGUGCCACGCUCACUGCUUCGCUUCUGCUAGAAGGAAACCAGUCACGCCUGUAACUUGCUCCAAGAUGACCAUGAUACCGCGUGUGUGUGUGCUGCUGGUGGUUCUCACGCUGACUGCCGGAGAGGAGGGCGCACGACUUCUGGCCUCCAAGUCCUUGCUGAACCGCUACGCUGUGGAGGGCCGAGACCUCACCCUGCAGUACAACAUCUACAAUGUGGGCUCCAGUGCUGCUCUGGAGGUGGAACUUUCUGAUGAUUCCUUUCCUCCUGAAGACUUUGGAAUUGUGUCGGGAAUGUUGAAUGUUAAAUGGGACAGGAUUGCACCAGCUAGCAACGUGUCUCAUACGGUGGUGUUGCGUCCCCUAAAGGCAGGGUACUUUAACUUCACCUCAGCUUCUGUCAGCUACGUAGCCCAGGAAGGAGGACAGGUUGUGGUGGGUUACACCAGUGCCCCUGGCCAGGGGGGCAUCUUGGCCCAGAGGGAGUUUGAUCGGCGUUUCUCUCCUCACUAUCUGGACUGGGCUGCCUUUGGUGUGAUGACUCUGCCUUCUAUCGGAAUCCCUCUGCUCCUCUGGUACUCCAGUAAGAGGAAAUAUGACUCACCAAAAGCCAAGAAGAACUGAGGACCAGUUACUGGUUUUGAGGGAUGGAUAGUUUAGCCCGUACCUAAACUAAAAGUGGAAAUGGACAUUACCAAGGGAAAUAACAGCAGUACGUCAGAAAGAGAAACCUAGGAAGUAAAGGGGGGGGGAAUGGAAAUGAACAAAUUUCCGAAAGACAGCACAUUUGUGGUUGCUACUUUUCCAGCUAUGUAAAAUCGUGUAAUUGUCGAUUUUUGUAAUCUGAAUUUAAUGUGAAAAAUUCCAGAAAGUUCAAUUACAGAUAUUUGUUUUUUCUUCUAAUGGUGCCUGCUUGUUUCUGCUCAUCAGCCUCAAAAUAAGAUUCGCUUCCAAAGUGGUUUGCCCAUCAUAAUGUCCAGGAUUAAACAGUAUAAAAAGCUC